AAAUGCCUGAACUGCCUGCCCUGUGCCAGACCUGUUUCCUGCUGCAGGCAAAAAGCUCAAGGUGCGUGGAAGGAUGAGAGCUUGGCAGUUCCCAGCGGCUGAGGUUAAAGUUUACCUGAGCGGAGGAUUUCUUCAGAUCAGCCUGCAAGGACAGAGGGGAGGGGAGAGAACGAAUUCUGCUCCUGUUUAUUUGUGGUCCUUGCCUUCUGCACAACACAACGGUGCUUGACAGAGCUUGAGUUGAGCUGAGAACAUUCGGAGUCGUGAUUUCGAAGUUAGAUCAUCUCAGUCAUGCCGGACCUCUACACGGUUCUUCUGGGACUUUUGUUCCUCUUGCCCCUCUUGGGCAAUCUUUUUUUCCCUCAUGUUUGGCUGGACAUGAAAAAACUCCUCGGUACCAUGUACCUGGGAUACAAGUACAACAGGGGGCUCCAGCGUAAGCCUGCCUUCACCAUGGUGGACAUCUUUUUGGCAAAAGUCCAGAAACACCCCGCAAAGCCCCUGAUUCUCUUUGGAGAUGAGGUCUAUACCUACCAAGACAUCGACAGGCUCAGUAACCAGGCAGCCCGAGCCUUUCAGAGCCAGGUGGGGCUGAAAGAAGGGGAAACACUGGCUGUUUUCCUGCAGAACAGCCCCGUCUAUGUCUGGGUUUGGUUGGCCCUGGCCAAGAUCGGCUGUGCCAUGUCGUGUAUCAACUAUAAUGCCCGGUCCAAGAUUCUGUUGCAUGCCAUCCGUUCCUGUGACUCCAAGAUUCUCCUGACAACUCCAGAUUUCAAAACGACUAUUGAGGAUGUCCUGCCCAGCCUGAGGAAGGAAGGCAUACGAGUUUUCUACCUGAGUGACAACUCCCCCACUGAAGGGGUGGAAGCCUUGCUGGGACAGAUAAAAUCCAGCUCCACUGACCCUGUGCCCAUUUCCUUCCGAGCUAGUAUCACCUCCAAAUCCACAUCUGUAUACAUUUUCACCUCUGGAACCACAGGACUACCCAAAGCAGCUAUCAUCAACCAGUCAAGGCUGUUACGUGUGGCCUCUGUCUUUUCCUUUUGCGGAGUCUCUUCCAAGGACAUCAUCUAUACUCCACUUCCAUUGUACCACUCAGCUGGGCUUCUCUUGGGGAUCGGAGGGUCCUUGGAGGUUGGUGCCACAUGUGUUUUGAAGUCUAAGUUCUCUGUCUCCCAGUUCUGGGAUGAUUGCAGGCGAUACCGUGUCUCUGUGAUUCAGUAUGUGGGAGAAACAAUGCGCUACCUGUGUAAUGCACCACAGAAGGAGAAUGACCGUGACCACAGUGUACGAAAAGCGUGUGGCAAUGGCAUACGGAUGGAGGUCUGGAAGGAGUUCCUACGCCGAUUUGGAUCCAUCCAGAUCUAUGAAUUCUAUGGAGCGACAGAAUCGAAUAUUGGCUUUGUUAAUUACACAGGGAAAGUUGGAGCUGUGGGAAGGUCGAGCCUCUUACUCCAGAAACUGACUCCUUAUGAACUUCUUCAAUACGACCCUGACACAGGUGAGCCCGUGAGGAACAAGAAAGGAUACUGCAUCCCCAUAGCCCCAGGUGAGACAGGUUUGCUGGUGGCCAAGAUUACAAAUAGCAACCCAUUCGCUGGCUACGCAGGGGACCGCCAGAAGUCAGAGAAGAAGCUUCUCCAGGACGUCCUGAAGAAAGGAGACUAUUAUUUCAACACUGGUGAUCUCCUGAGGAUAGACCAUGAAGGCUUUGUUUAUUUCCAGGACCGGGUGGGAGAUACUUUCCGCUGGAAAGGGGAGAAUGUGGCCACUACAGAGGUUGAGGAAAUCCUAACAACAGUGAAAUUUAUUCAAGAAGUGAAUGUAUACGGAGUAUCUGUGCCAGGCCAUGAAGGAAGGAUUGGGAUGGCAGCAAUCCAGCUAAAGGAGGGGCUGCCUUUUGAUGGAGGGGAGCUGUAUAGACAUGCCAAAGAAUACCUGCCAAAGUAUGCCAUCCCACACUUCAUCCGCAUCCAGAAAGCCCUGGAGGUCACAGGAACUUUCAAACAUAUCAAAGGUCAACUGGUGAAGGAAGGAUUUGACCUUGCAGCCAUCAGUGAUCCCCUCUUCUUCCUGGAUGAGUCAGAGAAAUGUUACGUACCUUUGACUCAGAAGAUCUAUAACUCCAUUGCAGAACAGAGACAGGCACUGUGAAGAGAGCUGCCAGGCGCCUCAGAGAUGGUGUCCUUCACAGAUCAGUCGACACCAAGAACCCUACAGUUCUGAACUUUGUGACUACUGAAAGGGAGGGGAGAGGUUGCCUCACAAUCUGGGACCAAACAUUGUGUGUGUGUGUGUGCAGUUAAGAAUCCUGCACAACAAGUUAAUUGGGGGGAUUUUAAAGUGAUAUCUUUGGUUUUGUUUUCUUCAGGCAUUAUGGUACAAGAUUGUGUAUCCACAUGAGGUGCAAAACAUAGCCAUCAGACGACAGCGUUUUCCACACGGGAAUGUUUUCCUGUGUUAUUACCACUGCUGCUGGGUCUUCCCCAUAGUGGAUUCACCUGCAUUUUCCUAAGGGCAGUGCCCCACAGUAGUCAUUCCCCUCAUACCACCAGGGGGGCUUUUCAGCUUUUUAAAGAAGAACAGUUAUUGACAUACUGUUAUAUCAAUAUGUCAAUUUAAAAAACCUUCAAAAAGCCCCCUAGUGCUGUGGCAGUAUAGACAUCACUGGGAAAUGGGGCAGGGGAAAUGGCCCUGAUGUGGGUGGGACUGAGAAAAUCUGGAAGUUCCCAUUGACAUGGCAACCAUCUUGGCUUUGCUGCAAUCUUUCCAAAACAUCACAGUAAAACAGGGCCAUUUUCACACUGCUUACGGGCCACGGAACAUGGCACCAAGCUCCUGGAACGACAGCAUCUUCCUAGUGCCAGGAAGACACUGUCAUUCCAGGAGCUCGGCGCAAUGUUCCGUGGCUGGUAAGCAGUGUGAAAAUGGCCCAGGUUUGAGAAAGAUUGCAGGACUUACAGGGGACACUCAGAAGGUGCAUGGAAACACAAGACUGUGGGAAGCAGGAGGAAAACCUGCCUCCCAUUAACAUACAAACAAUCCACAUGCAAGUAAUCAGUGAUAAAAAUUCCUUGUUUCUGACUCAUUGGAAUGUUUCCACUUGCUCUUGCCUCUGGGCACAUGGGUGUGCAGACUUGUACAGAGAUGGUCUAAGGCUUCACGGGAACUAGGAAGGAAGUGCUCUGGAAUUUGUUGGGGUGGUGGUGAUCCUUUCCCAUCUGCCACCCAUGGUCAGUGGAGGGAGACCACUAGUUUAGCUGGCCUUAAAACGAUGACAGGAUGGAACUUGCAGAUUUAGAGAGGGCCUGCUUCUAAAUAUCAGUUGGUGGAUAGCAACUUGCCUUUAUCCACCCCCAAGUUGUGAACUUCCUGCCAGCAAUUGCUUGGUUGCUGCUGGACUAGAUGAACCUUGAGACUCAUCUUAGGAGACUCAAGGAAAUGCCUUGAGGAAUGCUUAGUGGGAAAGUGACAUAGAAAUGUUUUAAAUAAAUAAAUGAGAGAUGUGUGAAUCAUUCACGGUGCUGCCCAUUGGUGGUACAUACGUUUUGAGUAUAAAUUCUGAUAUAUCAGCUGCUAGUCUCAGAAAAUGUAGGAAGAUAGGGAUGCUUCUAGACCAGCAUCUGUGGCGCCUCUAUGAGGCUCCUUAUGCAGGACAGGGAGAAGCUUUUAUUCUUUGCUCAUAAUGCCAGAAGCUGGGGUCAUCCACUGAAGCUGAGGGACAGGAAUUUGGGGACAGACAAAAGGAAGUGCUUCUUCACACAACAAACAGUUAACUUGUGUAACUUGCUACCACAGGACAUGGUGAUGGCCACCAGCUUGGAAGGUUCUAAAAGGAGAGUGGACAAAUUCAUGGAGGACAGCAAGGCUAUCAAUGGCUACCAGUCAGUACCUGAGGCUGUAUGCUUCUUCAUUUUUUGUGGAGCAGGGGCAGGAGGAUGCUGUUGCAGUCAUCCUUCUUGGGGGGCUUCUAGGAAGCAGCUGGUCAAUAGCCACUGUGUGAACAGAAUGCUGGACUGGAUGGGCCUUUGGUCCAGCAGAGCUCUGAUGUUCUUGUGAGGAAACAUAAAGUGAUCCUUUCACUUGGUUUAUGUGCCCAAAGUAUUUCUAAAACUAGAGCAACAAAAGACACAGAAGUGGAGUUUACUGGCAUUGGGGCUCGCCGGUUCAGAAGUGUGGGCUGAGCAUCACAGAGCCUCAGGUGCUGGAAACAGCCCAUAGACAACAAAGACAUUGAAAAAGCCUCCAUAUACAGAAGCAGUAAACCUCUGAAACCCAAUGCUAGGAGGCAACAUCAGCCUUGGUCUCUAUACCUCAUUUAUUGGCUCUCCAGGGCAACUGGGUGGCUGCUGUAUGAAACAGGAUGAAGGAGAAGAUGGACCACUAGUUAGAGGCAGCAGAGCUCUUCUUAUGUUCUUAUGUAAGAAUGCCAAUAUGGACCAGGGAACAGAUCUGGGAUUUGGAGAACAGAGUCCCCUGUAGUUAGGCCCACUUUCUGCUCCUGUUUAUCUGCACUGCACCUGCCCCCGUACUCAUGCACUCUCCUAUAUAUAUAAAAAUGUAAUUAAAGCUAUUCAGCUGUUUUGGCAGACAACUCUGCUAUUCUGAAGCCUCAAUUUAGCCUCAACCCUCCCGAGGUCAUUCCCCUUUUCUCUGUGAUGCUUCUGUGAACUCCACUGAGAACAAAGAUAACAGUUCUGAUACUGAAACCAAUAAAAAGGGGGUUGUCUUUUAA